GAUAACAUGGACGGAUUCUACGACCAGCAAGUCCCAUUUAUGGUCCCACCCAGCCACAAGUCUCACGUGGAGGAACCAUCUCACAGCAGGCCGCUGAACGACAGGAAAAGGAAAUUUGUCGACACAGAACUCGCCCAGGACACAGAAGAGCUCUUCCAAGACCUCAGUCAGCUGCAAGAGAUCUGGAUUGCAGAAGCCCAGGUGCCUGAUGACGAGCAGUUUGUCCCAGAUUUCCAGUCAGAUAGCUUGAUGUUUCAUGGCCCGCCACCAGCCAAGAUCAAACGAGAGCUGACUCGCUCCAAAGAGCUUUCUCCCUGUCGCCAGGACAGGAGUCCCAUGCCCUACGGAGAGAAGUGCCUUUACAGCUACAGUGCCUGCGACAGGAAGCCCACUCCAGGGUUCAAGCCAUUAACUCCCCCCUCGACACCGGUCUCUCCUUGCGGCCCCACCAGCACCGCAGGAACACACCCACUGAGCGAGCAGACUCCCCCUCCCCACCCCCAUGUAGCUAACCCGACCCCAGGGCCGCGUCCCGUGCACGUACAACAGCCUGUAACGGCGAGUGCGGGCCCCCCCAACCAGCAAGCACUCCCAGUCCACAGCCACAGCCCGCCCUUCGCCGUGCCCUGCGCACCCAUCAGCCAGGAUGCCAACAGCUUCACACCUGAGCACAGGUUCCAGAGGCAGAUGUCAGAGCCAUGUCUACCUUUCCCCCCAUCAGAGAGUCAAGGACGCCCCCACUUCCUGCCCCAGCCUCCCAGCGCCAACAACAACAGUCUGCCACGCGACGGGCGGCCGCCGUACCACCGGCAGAUGUCAGAGCCGCUGGUGGCCGUGCCUCCCCAGGGUUUCAAGCAGGAGCUCAUCGACCCACGAUACACCGAGCAGGGCGUCCCCACCAUGGGCCCCCCAGGUGCACCCCCGGGGCCUCCGUGCCAGGCUGCUUUCCACCCCAUGGCCAUCAAGCAGGAGCCCCGGGACUUCUGCUUCGAUUCUGAAGUGCCUAACUGUCAGUCAUCGUUCGGGCGAGCGGGGAGCUUCUACCAGAAUAACCAUGAAAGCUUUUCCUUCGACAGAGAUCCUCAGCUGUACUUUGAUGAUACCUGUGUGGUCCCUGAAAGAUUAGAAGGCAAAGUGAAACAGGAGCCCUCUGUGUAUCGUGACGGACCUCCUUACCAGCGCCGCGGCUCCCUGCAGCUCUGGCAGUUCCUGGUCACUUUACUGGACGACCCAGCCAACGGCCACUUCAUAGCCUGGACCGGUCGCGGCAUGGAGUUCAAACUCAUCGAGCCCGAGGAGGUGGCUCGUCGCUGGGGCAUCCAGAAGAACAGGCCGGCGAUGAACUACGACAAACUGAGCCGCUCGCUGCGUUACUACUACGAGAAGGGCAUCAUGCAGAAGGUGGCCGGUGAGAGGUACGUGUACAAGUUCGUGUGCGACCCCGAGGCUCUCUUCUCCAUGGCGUUCCCCGACAACCAGAGGCCCAACCUGAAGGCCGACCCGGACAGCCUGCCGGGGCUGGAUGAAGACACCGUGCCCCUCACCCAUUACGACGAAAGCGCUCCCUACCUGCUGGACGGCGGGGAGCAGUGCGUGGCGGGCUUGCCCUUUCCAGACGGCUACGGCUACUAAACAAGCGUGCAGGAGGGGUUUCCUGACGCCAACAAACACACGUACACACGCAAAAAAACAAAAACAAAAA